AUGAUGUGGAUUCCUACACAAAUUAAGUUUGUGGCUACCACUGACUGUUUUGUCAACUUCCCUGCUGCCAUUGCCUCUCCUGAUCAUCGAAGACCCUUGCAAGUUAUCUGCCUUAGAACAUCCAAUGGUGAACUGAAGUACAUGUCAGGCAAUCCAGUGCAACACCCAUUUUUGGAGAUUGGAUGGGGAUUUGCUCAGGCACUUGGGCUACAAGAGGAUGAGGUGGUGGAUGUCUCCUUGUGGAGUAAUUGCAUACCUUGCACCUCUGUUCAAUUGGUCACACAAUCAUGUGAUGACUGGUCACUCCUUGACAUUCAUGCUCGAGAGAUUGAAGAGACACUCAUACAUUCUAUUCGUGUUCUUUUCCCCAGAAUGAUCAUUCCUGUCUGGAUACCUCAUUCUCGACUUCCUGUGUUUGUCACAUGUCACAGCUACGAACCAGAGAGUGAUGCAGUAAUGUUGAUUGAAGGAAGUUGCAUCUCUGUUUCACUUCCACUCCAGGAGCAAGCAUCUCAUGGUAAAAAGAGCACAAAGAGGCAGGUGAAAGACAUAUGCAGGUACUCUGUGUCAAGGAAACUCGUUUUGCACCUUGUGAUCUGUGAUGAAGUGGCUGAAAGUAAUUACCAUGGGAACACUUGGUUUGUGCCUCCUCACACAUGGGAACAUUUGUUUGGUGAUGAUGGCAGUACAGACAACCAGAAUGAUAUCAGGUUAUAUGCCAAUGCAUCACGUGUUAAUAUUCCCCCUGAGAAGACCACCAAGGACCAUAGCUCUGUUAUUCAUCUCAAAUUGGGUGAAUUCCCUCUUCCAUUCCCAAUGCAUUGUGCAAUGGUUUCUAAGGAAGUUGCAGAGUCUUUCAGUGGGGUGGCAUUUGUGAGUCCAGUUAAUCUGACUCCAGGCACAUCCAGCACUCUUACUGCGUUUAUAAGAAGUCCUUUGGAAGCAGUUGAAAAGAUAGAAAAUACUGUCCGGCAAUGGAUGGAAAAUGUAUUGGUGAGGAAUGAUGGGUCUGUUGACAUACUAGAUGGGACAGUGAUUCUCUUGAAGGAAGGGAAAGUACGAUUGUCAACUCCAUCCCCUGUGUAUUCACUUAGUCCUCAAACUCUUAACAGGUUAGAGAUUAAGGUGGAGGUAGAGGAGACAAUUGGUGACAGUGAUAGUGAAAAGAUGAAGUUAUCGUAUUUGAGUGUCAAUGAAGCCAUUGUGGGUCAGUUUGUGCAAGUCAUUCUCAGAGGACUUUCUUUGUGUGCUUCCAAGGGCUACAUGAUGAAUCUCCUCAUUGAGGGCCCAUCAGGGAGUGGUCGAACUCAUCUUGCAACUACUAUAUGCCAGAAACUUCAGGAUCACCCCUUGAAUGUCAAGUCAUUCCACUUAAGAUGCAAAUCAUUGAUUGAAAAAAAGUGGGACAGUGUGAGACGACAAUUCUCUGGGUUAAAGGCAACUGCAUUGUUGCAUUCACCAUCAGUAAUAGUUUUGGAUGAUGUGGACUGCAUUGCAAGUACCUUUGUCAACCCAGAGGCAGAUCCUCAGGCAGAAGUGCAUGACAGGGUAGCUAGGUGUCUCCUUGAUGAAUUUUCUACCAUCCCAAAAUGGAGACCCAUAGCUCUUAUCUUCAUAUGUCAAUCAGUAUCUGCUUUACAUAAAGACAUCCAAAAUAUCCCUUUCAUACACUCAGUGAAGAUCACAAACCCGUCUUAUGGAGACAGGGUUUCUCUUCUCACAGCAUUAUGCCCUGAAGGAUUGGAUGUUUCAGAAGUUGCCCAGAAGACAGAAAGUUUCCUUCCAGUUGACCUCGAAGCACUGGUUGUUAAAGCGAGGUAUAUUGCUGCCACUUCUGGCUCUGAACUCACUCAGGCUCACCUCAUUGUAGCUUGCCAAGAAGUAUCCACAGCAUUGAAGAAUGUGAUGACACUUGAUGAAAAAGGAAUUACUUCCUUUGAUGAUGUUGGUGGCCUGAGAGAUGUAAAAGACACUCUGAUGUGCAAGUUCUUGUGGCCCCUACAGUACAAAGAUAUCUACAAACAAGCUCCUAUCAAGCUCACUUGCAAUGCCUUAUUAUAUGGGCCUCCUGGCUGUGGGAAGACACUCCUUGUUCUGGCUUUGGCAAAGGAGGCCAAUGUCAGUUUCAUAUCUGUCAAGGGUCCUGAACUCCUCUCAAAAUACAUUGGUGCAAGUGAGGAGGCUGUGAGGAAUGUCUUUGAACGUGCAUCUCGAGCCCGUCCUUGCAUCUUGUUUUUUGAUGAAAUUGAUAGCUUGGCACCACGAAGAGGACAGGAGAGCACGGGUGUCACAGAUAGAGUUGUGAAUCAACUGCUCACCCAGAUUGAUGGGAUAGGAUCUCAGUCUGGGCAAGAUGGGAUGCUUGUUCUUGCAGCAACUAACAGACCAGAUCUCCUUGACCCAGCUCUUCUCAGACCAGGUCGCAUCAACCACAAGCUGUUCUGUCCGUUCCCAGGUUUGGAGGACCGAGUGGAUAUCCUACGAAUUCUCUGCAAUUCUGUCAUGACAGAUGAGCUCGACCUUGUGGACAUAGGGAAGGAGUGUGAGGGCUUCACAGGAGCUGAUCUGAAAGCCCUGCUCUACAAUGCUCAGUUGAGUGCUUUCAAUCGAAUCCUAUCAUCACAGGGGAAAGUGGAUCCUGAAAGCAUGAUAGUCACUGGCAGUGAUAUCCAGGAUGCAUUACUGAAAACAAAGCCCUCCCUCUCUCUAGAUCAGAGAGAAUGGUAUUCCUUGCUGUAUGAGAAGUUUCAAUUCCAUAAACUCACUGCUGGAGUUUCAUCCAGAUUGACCUUGGCUUAG